GCGGCAGACACACGCCGCGUGGGCCAACAAAGAGAUCGGUGACUAUUUCUGUGAAAAAAAAAAUGUUUUGAUCAGUUCUGUGCUAACUGUUGCGUUUCCCGCCAUUUUGGAAUAAACCGAGGAUCGGCACUCAUUAGGCGUGCGCAGAUUUAGCGAUCGGUCGCAGCACCUAGAACAUGACCUAGUGCCCCAUGACCCGGCACACCCCGCACUCCGCGCACGCCAUACUCGACGCACGCACGCGAUACAUUAUAUAGCGCAAUGCUGCGCUGGUUGGUGCUGUGCUGCGUGGCGCUGCUGGCGCGGCCGGCGCACCCGCAGGGCGCCCAGCAGUGUCCCCCGCAGAACACCAUCGCGCCCUGCACAUGCACCGUCAAGAAGAACGGCCUGGACAUCCUCUGUGAGUUCACCGAGCAGCAGCACAUACAGAAGGCUAUGAACACACUGCGUUCGAAGCCGAUGAUAAUCUUCUACCUGAAGCUGCGGCACAACAACCUUGCCAAGCUGCCCUCCUACAUCUUCCUGGGGCUGGACAUCCGCCACCUCACUGUCCACAACAGCAGCCUCGCUGUCAUAGAAGACUCCUCCCUCAGUUCUAUUGGUAACAAGCUGACACAGCUGGACGUGUCUCAGAACAACCUGGCGACCAUCCCCACGUCGUCCUUCACCCAUCUGAACCACCUGCUCAUACUCAACAUGAACCAUAAUAAGGUGACUGCAGUGCACAACAGAGCGUUCCUAGGUCUGGACACGCUGGAGAUUCUGACGCUGUAUGAGAACAAGAUAUCUGUGGUCGACGGAGAGGCUUUCAAGGGGUUGGAGAAGAAACUGAAGCGCCUUAAUCUCGGCGGUAACGAAUUGACGGCCGUGCCCCAGAAGGCAUUAGCGCUGCUGGAGAACCUCAAGAAACUGGAAAUGCAAGAAAACCGCAUCACGACCAUUACAGAGGGCGAUUUCGCCGGCUUACGUAACUUGGACUCGUUGGGCUUGGCGCACAAUCAACUGAAGGAGGUCCCGUCUCAAGUGUUCUCGCAUCUGACGUUCCUGAAUUCCUUGGAACUGGAGGGCAAUCAAAUACAGAGGAUCGAUGAAAAAGCGUUCUCCGGCCUCGAAGAAAACCUUCAGUACCUACGACUUGGUGACAACCGUCUUCAUGAGAUACCAUCAGAAGCCCUUCGUCCCCUCCAUCGUCUACGUCACUUGGACCUCCGCUCCAACAACAUCACCUACAUCAACGAAGACGCGUUCACUGGAUACGGGGACUCGAUUACGUUUUUGAACUUGCAGAAGAAUAUGAUCCACUCGCUGCCUACGAUGGGCUUCGACAAUUUGAACUCUCUGGAAACUCUAAAUCUGCAGAACAACAAGUUGAAUCACAUACCCGAGGAAAUAAUGGAGCCGAUACUAGAUACUCUACGCGUUGUUGAUAUUAUGGAUAACCCUCUGAUAUGUGAUUGCGAGUUGGCCUGGUACGAGUCCUGGCUUGCUGGUCUUCGGGACCGGGAUGACGAGAUGAUGCAGAAGAAGCGCACAGUCUGCACCAUGGUGAACGAGCAUCGAGAGUACAGCGUCGCCAAAAUGCCCCUCGAGAAGAUGAGCUGCAAACGAAAACCGGGAUUUGGCAGGAUUUCAAGCGCAGUCUCCGUGUACCCGAAGUUCACUACUGCGUUUACCCUGGCCGUCGCUAGAUGGCUCCUAAACUAAGCAAAUUAUUUAUCGUCGUCGACAGAUGGCUCUGAAUCGUUAUUUUUGUUUACCCUCAUUAGUUCAGAAGAGUCGAUUCGAGUUAGCUGUGGCCGGAUAACUCGAUGAGAAUUCUUCGAAUUUAAAGUUUCGUUGAAUAUUAUAAUAAACGUGAUGAAUUUACGCAAUAAUAUACGAUACAUAUCAAUUUUGGGCUGAAAAGUAGUGUUUUUGAAUGGGCAACUUGUGAUACGGCGGUUUUAUAGGUCGAGUAAUGGACUAAUGGUAGUGAUACACCAUGUAUUUUAAAAUUAGACAAUCAUUCGGUAGGUAUGCCUAAAUUUAGAGAAAUUUACCAACUAAAGUAGGCGGAACUCAAUCUAUGAAGUGAGACUUCAGGUCAUCUCUUGUAACACUUUAAUGCGAGGAGCAUCUUUGUAUAAUUUUAUUUGAACGAUAAAUCUUUGAAUAUUUUUUAAUUAUUUAUUCCCGCCUUUUAUAAAGUAGGUUAUAUUGUACUCUUAACAUAGUAAACUUUUGCGCAUUUACCAUGUUGACUAUUCAAUGUUAUUCUACUCUCUAGUGGGGCUCGUGUUGUAUGUUCACGUAUAUUUUAUUGUAUUUUAAUCGAUUCCAGUACAUCUUUUCAGGGCCGUAAGGUCUACUGGCGCCUGUGUGCAAAAAAAGGAUUUAACGCCUCUUUAGGCAAAUUUUUUGGGUCCUUGGUUUUGGCGCCCCUAAAGAUGACGAUUUGGCGCCCUUAGAGAAUGGCGCCCGUGUGCAUUGCACACAUUGCACAUAUGGUAGCGGGGGCCCUGCAUCUCUUUCCUUGAAAUUGUUCUACCUCUCGUUUAGAUUUCGUUAGUCUCGUCGUAUCGAGUUCGGGUAGAGCCCCUAAAUAUUCGAUGUAGACUAGAUAUAGGUAAGUGUUAGAUACGUUUAAAUAAAUUUUAUGCUGUUGUUUUACGUAGCAUUUAAUUGUUUUUAUUAAUCGAAUUAUUUAUAAUAAUUUUGAAUAUUAAGUGAGAUAUCAUAGUUUAAUUUUAUCGAUUAAUAUUUUUGUAAUUUACAAUUUAAUUUAAUUUUUUAUUAAGCGUCUUUCAAAUAGUAUUCGAUUAUAUCGUAACAUAUAAUGGGGUAAUAAAUGUGACUUUAAACGGGUGGGGCUUUUUGCAAUAUUUUUUCUUCUUUACGAUUUUAUUUUAAAUGAUUACUUUACAUCGUAAUAUCGUUGAAUAAAAAAAAACAUAGCGAACAUAUUGAUCAUUGUUUGACUUAUACUUAGCCUUAAUGUUAACACUAUAUUUUUUGGCAAUUCCAAGUAACCAAUAUCGAAAAAAGCAAAAAAAAAAGAAGAAAAUUAAUUAUAACAAUUAUAAUAUUAUUAUCAAUGUAUCAUUAAAGAUAAAAUGCUAGUAUUGUUGUCGCUUUUUACCCGUGAUCGUGCCAUUUCAAAAUUGAACUGUAAGCCAUUAAUGUUAUAUUAUGAUAGGGUAAUCCAUAUUAUGUUUUAUGUUCGAUUUAUUCAGUCACAUGGUCGGAGUGAGCCCUCUGUCAGACUAUGUCAGCCAUGUGAGGACUAAAUCGUCAAGUGUGAUCCAUGUUAUGUAAGUGAUAAGUAACCAAACAUAUCCCCUAGUCUGAACCUAUUUAAGUGAAAUUAUAUGUAUACAAUUGUUGCGAAAUAUGUGAAGCUUUCUAUGUGAUAAUAGUUACUGUCAUAUUUGUAAUUUUUCUCUCCAUUUUCUAAUAUAUACAUUGCAUAUUGUUGAAAAUGUGAAAUGCGUGUAGGACGCGAGACCGAAUACCUAUUUUGUAUUCCUUUACACGCGUUUGUACAUUUUGUACGUAUUUUAAGGAUAUCGAUGUUGUUCACAUAUAUUUCAUAUACUUAUAUACGCACGAAUUUUAUCAGUAUUUAUGCACCUACUAUAAGGAGUAUUUAUUCGGAGUCGAGGAAACCUGAUAACAUAGAUGUAGGCGAAUUAGGAUACGGCAUUUUAAUCUCUCGAUGUGAAUGUUGUGAAUGUUUUUCGUGGUCGCAGUUUCAUUAUUACCAGAAAUACCGGGGGAUAAUUAUUAUUUACGAGGCAGAAAUUACAAAGGCUGUGUUUUCCGCGGCAUUAGCCCGCAAUUAGUAUGCUGCAUACGAAACGAGUGAUUACGUGAGCUUCGAGUUAAUUUGAUCAACUUUUGUGUCGUAUUUUUUAAUUGCCUGGGUGAAAUUGACUUAGUAAUGAGUUAUUCGAGAAUAAAAGAGAAUUGCCCUGAAAUAAAUUAUGCAUUAAAGUUGUCUUUUAUGGUAAAGCGGUGGUAAAACGAUAAUUAGCCACACCACGAAAUAACAAAGUGGAAUAAAUUAAAAAUAAUUAUUAAAACAGCGUAGUAACUAUUAUUAAUUUUGAGACAUUACUGCAAUAGUCCUCGCUCGAUGCUCGUAAAUGAAUCGCAGUCGUAUUAAUAGUCCAACACGCACACAUUGUCUUGGCACCAGGAGGCCUACUACGAAACCGUUUUGAGACUCAAAUAAUCGGAUUCUCGUUCGAUUGUUUAAGCCUCAAAACGGUUUCGUAGUACGGCCCCUGGUUUCAUAGAGUUGAUGAGGCAUGAGGCGCCUAGUUAAUCAGCAUGUUAUAUAAAUUCUUUAAAAAUAUAGCUGUACCUGUUGUCAUAUAAUUUAUCCUCUAGGUAAAAUGAAGCUAUGACAAAGUUUAUAAAAAUCUGACGCAAGUUAAAAACGUAUAUUCUGACAUAAUGUUGUAAAUUGUCAGGUGGGAACCAUCAUAAACAUAUCGAUAGGUAUACACUAUUAUAUAGAGAAUAUCAAAUUAGUAUACAUUCUAUUAUUGUUGUUGUAUUCCAGUCUAAGUGUUGCGUGCUUUCGAAAUUGUAUGUCAUGUCUAAUGUUUCGUUACUCUAUGGGUCAACGCAUACCGGAUACAGGCGAAGUAUAAUACAAAAAAAAAAAAAAAUUUGCUGCCAAAAUUAUAGAUGUCUACUGUUACACAUUUGGCGGGAAAAAAUUACAGAU